CCUCGGAUUGAUCCCUGAAGUUGUUUUUUCUCCCCCUCUCCCCUCCAGGGCGCUGUGAACUCAACUUUUCUCUCUCUCUCUUUUUUUUCUUUUACUAGUUUGAAAGUAAAAGAAAAACAGCAACAUGUCGCCGCCGUCUCGACGGCUUCAGACGAAGCCCGUGAUUACCUGCCUGAAGACUUUCCUCAUCUCCUACAGCCUCAUAUUCUGGUUCACAGGCGUGAUCCUGCUGGCUGUGGGCGUGUGGGGGAAGGUGAGCCUGGAGGCCUAUUUCUCUCUGUCCUCUGAGGAGAGCACCAAUGCACCAUAUGUUCUCAUCGGGACAGGAGCCAUCAUCGUUAUUUUCGGCCUGUUCGGUUGCUUUGCGACAUGCCGCGGCAGCCCAUGGAUGCUCAAACUGUAUGCCAUGUUUCUGACCCUGGUGUUCCUGGCAGAGCUUGUGGCCGGUGUCUCAGGCUUCAUCUUCAGACAUGAGAUCAAGGCCAAGCUGGGCGUUGCCUAUAGAAACGCUGUCAAGUCGUACAAUAGCACAGACAGCAGCAGCGCUGCAGUUGACGCCAUCCAGAGGACUUUGCAUUGCUGCGGAGUGAAUAAUUACACUGACUGGCGUGAGACGGAGUACUUUAAAACCAACGGCAUCCCUGUUAGCUGCUGUAAAGACAACACCAACUGCACACCAGAGACCCUGAAAGACCUCGACAAGGCUGCCAAAGAGGUGUACAAUACGGGCUGCUUCACACAGGUGACCCACACCAUGGAGUCCAACCUGGGAAUCAUCGCAGGGAUCUCUUUUGGGAUUGCGUUCUUCCAGCUCAUUGGGAUAUUCCUGUCCUGCUGCUUGUCUCGAUACAUAACCAACAACCAGUAUGAAAUGGUCUAACGGAGACCUCCCACAGGUCUCUGAUGGGCAGCACUUCAUGCAGACUGAGUUGAAAGAAUCUCCUGUGAUUUUUAAUAUUGUGCGUGUGUAUUAGUUGAUAUUAUUUUAGAGAGGGAAAAACACUCACUGCUUCUUCUUCUUAUUGUUCACCAAUGAAAAAAAAAAGACCAGAAGGGAAAUAAUGUUAAAAGAAAUCCAAAAAGAAAGGGACUUUAUCUGCAGUGUUGUUUGACCAAAAUUCAAAGGGACCUUCGGAGACCAUUUGUUACUCCUGAGAUUUAAUUAGGGAUUUAUAUUUAGUGUAGAUGGUACUUUUCAUUUGAGUUAAUUAACUCGACCAAUUAUCAUCAUUUCCAUUUCAUGUGUAUUUGUAUAAAAACAGCUGCCUUAUUUUGUAAUUUUGCCAUACAAAUAGUCUGUAGCUGAGCAGAUCUAGACAGUAAGCUGAUAAAUGUUCAAUUUCUCUACAACACUAAGUGAAUUUCUGUGUGUGUGUGUGUGUGAAACCAACAUAAGCCUGAGGGACGGAUGAAGAGGUUGCCACCCUGAAAUCCAGUGUGUGAUUCACAGUAAGGACUUUAAAAUGAGCCUUACUGGUUAUGUAGGCCAGUAUUGUAGAAAACUAAUUAACAAUUGCCCAGCAAAGUUUAUAUCACAGUGUUCAGUGUUAAAUUGUUAUUCUUUUGUGGAUGCAUGUGAAAUACUUGAAGAAAAAAAAUAAAGAUGUAUUUAGUAUCUUUAA